AUGUCGGCGCACGCUCUUCCGGCAUGCGUUAUCGAUAACGGAACGGGUUACACGAAACUCGGCUACGCGGGUAACUUCGAGCCGCAAUUCAUCAUUCCUUCUGCAAUUGCUGUUAGAGAUCGAGUUGCCAGCUCGAACUCGCAAGCGUUGCGUUGGAACACCAGCGGCGGCGCCAGAAUUGACGAUUUGGACUUUUUCAUUGGUGAUGAGGCAUUGUCGCCAUCCGCUGCUAAUUAUACCGUCAAGUACCCAAUUCGUCACGGAAUCGUCGAAGAUUGGGAUUUGAUGGAACGAUAUUGGGAACAAUGCAUUUUCAAAUACCUUCGCGCUGAACCUGAAGAUCAUUAUUUCCUUUUGACAGAGCCUCCACUAAAUACUCCGGAGAAUCGAGAAUACACUGCGGAGAUCAUGUUCGAGUCAUUCAACGUACCCGGCUUGUACAUUGCCGUGCAAGCUGUGCUCGCGUUGACGGCCAGUUGGCAAUCAAAAGCGGCGAAUGAGAGAAGCCUCACUGGAUUGGUUAUCGAUUCGGGAGAUGGCGUGACACAUUGCAUUCCGGUUGCCGAUGGAUAUGUCAUAGGAUCAUGCAUCAAGCAUAUUCCAAUCGCCGGAAGAGACAUCACAUACUUCAUUCAAAACUUGCUUCGCGAUCGCGAGCCAACGAUUCCUGCCGAGCAGUCGUAUGAAGUCGCCAAGAACAUCAAGGAGAAAUUCUGCUAUGUGUGCCCCGACGUGAUGAAGGAAUUCGUCAAAUAUGACACGGACGCGGCGAAAUGGCUUCGAACCUACGACGGAAUCAAUAAUAUCACGAAGAAGCCGUUCUCGAUCGACGUCGGCUAUGAGCGAUUCCUCGGACCCGAGAUAUUCUUCCAUCCCGAGUUCUGCAAUCCCGAUUUCACGACGCCGAUCUCGGAGACGAUCGAUUCGCUGAUUCAGCAGUGUCCGAUUGAUGUUCGACGCGGGCUUUAUGAGAAUAUCGUGCUGUCGGGCGGCUCGACGAUGUUCAAAGAUUUCGCGAGGAAGCUUCAGAGAGACGUGAAGCGAUUGAGCGAUGCGCGUCUACAGAUGAGCGAGACACUUAGCGGCGGACGAUUGAAGCCGAAGCCGAUUGAUGUUCAAGUGGUUUCCCACAAAAUGCAGAGGUACGCUGUAUGGUUCGGAGGAUCAAUGCUGGCUUCAACGGCUGAAUUCUACCAAGUAUCACACACGAAAGCUGAAUAUAUGGAGAAGGGACCAUCGAUUUGCCGCUACAAUCCGGUAUUCGGCGCGCUCACCUAA